AUGUCUCCUUCCCCCAUCUCUGCGCACGCCAGUGAACCAGCGACUUCGGACUCGUCGGCGGGAGCCAUAGUGGGCGGAUGGGGCGCCAAGUGGGCCAGCAUGGCACAAGCCAACGAGAGCGUAACGGACGAGGACGCACCCGAGGGGCUGCUGCAACUGGCGCGGCAGAUCCAGGAACGGCAGGAGGAGGACGAGGUGGAAGAAGAGGUUUGGGACGAUGACGCCCAUGUCGACGAGGAGGAGAUUUACCCCGUUGAGCGAUCUUCCAGCGGCCGCAAGCGCGGCAUGGUUGGAGUUGUCGCCGGUUGCGGCGUGCCGAUCGAGUCGUCGCCCGGGAGCGGCAAGACGAAGAAGAAGAAGUCGUUUUUCGGGCUCGCGUCCAUCGUGCGAUCGCUGUCGGGCCGAUCGAAGAGGAGGCCUGGUGGCAAGGACGCGUCGCCCGCUGCUGCAGCGCGCCGAGGCCAGAUUGCGCCCGAGCCGUACAGCGCGACCGACGCCAACCCCGCUGAGGCAGGCAACGCGUACGGCCGAGAGAUGCCGCAGCCGCAGAAGCUGCACUUUGCGCCGUCGCAGCAACAGCAAGCUUCUGCGCCCACUCCGCCGAGCGUGCAGACACAGGCGUACCAGCAGGUUGAGGAGCCCGCAAGGAGCGGCCUGCAGCAGCUGCAGCAGCAGCUGCAGAGUCAGGAACAUGCCGCUGCGACAUGGAGCUCCGUUCCCGUGAAUCUCGAGGGACUGCGCGACGUGCUCGACAAGCGCAUGGCGGAGGACCACGAUGGUUCGAGCGGAAGGCUGGCGGAGGGCGGACAACCGGCGCGCAGGUCCGGGAAUCUGCGGUCUGCGGACAAGUGGUUGCGGCAAAUCGCGGCGGCGGAAGAAGAAGGCCGGCUUGACAUCGCGACGCGCCUCUUUGAGCUCGCUCAAGAGUGCGGCUCGCAGCCUGUGGAGGCCAUUCUCGAGGCGAAGGAGGCGUUCAAUCAGCGUCACGGCAUCGCUCCGCCGUCCGCCCCGCGCUCCCCGCUGCGCUCACCGCUCCGCUCCCCCGCGCGGUCUCCGGCCAACACGCGUUCGCCUCUCCGCUCGCCCAUUUCGUCCCCGCUGCGCUGCCUCGCGCCCAAGGCGCAGAAAGACGCGGACUCGUCGGACGAAGAAGAGGACGCGGACGCGGAGCCGCGCCUGCGCGCGGCGGAAACCGGCAAGGCGCCGCGGAAGCUCCACGUGGAGGAGAUUGAGAUUGAGGAUGUGCCUGACGUGGAUGGCUACAGCAGCGACGAAGGGAAGCGCGGGCAAGCGGAGGAGGAGGAGAGGGAGGCGGAAGAAGAAGCGUGGGAGGAAGGCGAAGGGAGUGAGGAAGGGAAGCGAGGAUGGCUCACCAGGAUUCGCCAGAGCUCUCCUACCAGCUGCUUCAAGCCGUCAACCAAGCAGUCGUCGCAGCAGCGCCAGCAGCAUCAGGGCGGCGACAGCGGCAAGGCGUCGCCCGUGCCCGCUAGCCCAGGCAGCUCUGUGCCUGCCGAGAAGGCCGCCGCAGCAAACGCUGCUGCCGCCGCCUUCGCGGGAGUUGGCCAUUACGGCGCGACGACGGUGACGGAAGUGACGGAGGUGACGGAAGUGACGGAGGUAACGGAGGCGGAGUCGGAGUCGGAGUCGGAGUCGGAGACGGAGACGGAGACGGAAUCGGAGUCGGAGUCGGAAGGCCGAGAGGAGUCUGUCAUGGAGACGUCAAUCGGGGUAACAGCUGGCGACGCUGAUGCGGAUAAGGCGAGGGAGGAGAAGGAGGAGGCGAGCGAAAUUCACGCGACGGCACCGGCACCGCCGUCGCCGUCGGCGUCAUCCUCCUGCUCGUCGUCGUCGGAAGAGGAGGAGGAUGAAGAGUCGCACACGGAGUCGUUCAAGGAGUCGCAUGUGGCGAUGUCGCAGACGCAGUCGCAGUCGGAGAUGACGGCGUUGACGCGCGACGAUAGUCUCGAGACGGCGAACACGGCGGCGUCAGGAGUGGGAUCGACUUAUCUUGAUGCUACAGCCGCCAGUCCCAGCUCCGUGGCUUCGUCGGUCCGCCCUGCUACAGCCUUCCGCAACUCCGCGUUCGAUUCCGCGAGCACCACGUUCCGCCUGCCAGCUUCCGCCCCCGCGCCCGACCCGUACAAGGGCGGCGCAGCUGCGGCGGCCGCGGCGGCGGCGGCUGUAGCGGCGGCUGCUGCGGCGGAGUUCAAGUCGCCGAUCAACUAUGGCAGCGACGGCGACGACAUGGUGAUGCUGCGCGCCAAGCGAGCGCCGGACUAUGGGGCGGCUGCGAGCGCGGAGCACAGCCAGGAGCAGGCAGAGGCGCAGGCGGCGGAAUCGGCGUCCGCUGCUGUCCCCGCUUCCGCGACUAUCGCGCUCUCUGCGGGCGAGAGCACUUUCGCGGAAGAGGCGGAGGAGGAGGCGGAGUCGGACGCGGGGGAUGCGCGGAGGCUGCAGCAGCAGACGUGGGCGGAAGGGGAGAACGAAGUGGCGCAGGCGGAAUCCAUCGAGCGGAGCAAUGCGUAUAGCUCGAGCAGUGAAAGCGAGAGCGAGAGCGAGAGUGAGGAGGAGGAGGAGGAGGAGGAGGAGGAGGGUGAGAAGAUCGUGCCAGUGGUGGACUCGUUCCACGGGCCGGCGCCAACAGCGGCGGAGCAAGCUGCUGAGGCACGGGCGGCGGAGGCGCAGGCGGAGAGGCUUGCGGAGGCGCAGGCGGCUGCGCAGGCGGCGGCGCAAGCGGAGAAGGAGAAGGAGAAGGAGGAGGACGAAGAGGAGGACGUGUUUGAGGACGAUGAGGAGGAGAACUGGGAGGACUGCAGGAGCGCGGCUGGCGACUGGAGCGAGACGGAGAGCGAGCGCAGCUACAAGCGCGACUACCGGCGCGGCGGCUCGUCGCUCUUCACGGCUGGGUCUGCGCGCCAAGCCUUGCUCCUGCAGCAGCAGCAGCAGUUCCAGCAGCAGCAGAGCGUGGUGCCUGCUAAGGCCGUGGUGCCAACUCCAGCGGCGGCGGCGGUAGCGGCAGCACCGGCGGCUGCGAGCAGCAGCAACAGCAGCGCGAGCAGCGGCAGCAGCGAGAGCGAGUGGGAGCGAGAGGUGACGACGGAGGGGCUUGAGAGCGCGCUGGGUCCCAUCAGCCCGCCGUGCAGCCCUCCUCCCCCUGCUGCUCCUAUUCCUGCUCCUGCUCCUGCUCCUGCUCCUGUUACUUCUGCUCCUCCCGCGGCCGUCCCGGUGGAGGCUGCUCCUGUCACGAGGCCUGUGACCCCGCCUGCUGCUGCUUUCGCGCAGCCGUCGCCCGUUGCGCUUUCGCAAGCUGCCUCGUCGUCGCCGUCGCCCGUCGCGAGGUCGCGACCUGCGUCGCCUGGAGCUCCUGCGACGGAAGAGGCGCAGGCGGAGGCUCAGGGAGAGAGCGCGGUUGUGCAGACUGUAUCGGAGGUGAGCGCUCGACUGAAGGCCGCCACUGCCGCCACUGGUGCUGGCGCAGCUGCUGCUGCGUCUCACGCGGCGGUCCCCGUCAAGUCGCCUCUGCGGCAGGCGGCCAAGGCCCCCGUGCCUCUGGAAUCCGCGGGUUUCCUCGCGCCCACUGCGUCUACGGCUAGCAAGACCAAGGCGCCUGCUGUGUGCGCUACCUCGGGCGCUGCGGCGGCUGCUGGCACUGGCGCCGCUGGCGUGGGCGCCGGAGGGAGCGCCGGUGCUGCUGCUGCGGCGCGUGCGGGACGCCGGACCAGCCUUGCCGGCGGUGGCGGUGCUGGUGGUGCGGGUGGUGCUGUGUCUGCUGCUGGAGCAGUGGCAGGAGGAGAACGGGCUGCGACGGGUCUGCAGAGGGGAGGUCCUCUGGGCAGGUCUGUCAGUGCUGACCGCUCCUCCCACCGCCCCUCUUCUUCUGCUUCUGCUGGCGGUCAUGCUCCUGUGUCGCCGCUGGCAGUGUCGACGUCAGGCCUCGUCUUGCCUCUGCACUCCCUCGCUGCCGCUCCCUUGCCUUCCCCCGCCCGCGGCACUGCGUCGCCCAGCCGGGUGGGAGGAGGAAUCGGCAAGGGUGCUCCUGGUGCUGCUGCUGGUGUCGGUGGUUCGGCUGCGAGCAACCCGAGCAACACCCUGGGCGCGGGGUCUCGGCGUCUGCUUAUGCUGCAGGAUCCUGCUCCUGGAAGCAGCGGCAGCAAGGGAGGGAGGAGCAGGGGGGCGAGUGGAGACACGGAGGAGCAGGAAGGGAGCUGUGGUUCAGGCCUGGAGGUGCCAGCGCAGGGCAUGGGCUCUCUGCUCAAGGGCGUGGGGAGAGGCACGGACGCGUUUGGAUUACCGGAUGUGGUGGAGAGCGGUAGCAGCAGCAGCGCCAGUGGUGGUGUGAGGCAGCAGCGGAAGCAGGGGGGUGCGGCAGCGGCGUUGGUGACUGCAGUGGCGGCGGCGGCGGCUGCUGCGCCGGCGUCUGUGGCGGCAGAGGCGGCGGCUGCGGCGGGGAUUGGGAUGAAGGGGCACGAGGUGGUGGUGGGCGGAGGGACGAGCUUCGGUUACCGUGCCAACCAGAGCGCCGGUGCUGGCGAUAUUGGAGCAGCAGCAGCUAACGGCGGCGGCGCUGGUGGCGCUGCUGCGGCUGCUGCAGCGGCUGGGCGGAGGGCGUCUCUAGCAGGAGCUUCUAAGCUGAAGGGGCCCGGAGUGGGCGCAGGGGUGGGUGGCAGCGGCAGGCGCGAGGAGGGCGGUGGAUCGUCGACCCUGCUGCAGCCGCUGCGUCAGUCGGUGUCUCACCAUCGCAGCAGCAUUGGCGGUGGUGCCGGCGGCUCGUUUGCAGGGGAGCAUCGGCUGGAUGUGCUGAGCAGCAAGAGCAUCAACAGCAGCAACCACCAUGCCGCAGCUGCUGCUGCGGCUGCUGCCAACAGGGGCGGAGGUGGAGGAGGAGGGACGAAGAAGAGCGGGUGGGAAUCGUCACUGAGGGAGAGCAGUAGCAGCACGGUGAAGGGCGGGUUCACCACGACCGGUCUGAAGCGCUCUAGCACGUUCGGCAGCAACAGCACAGCAGCUGGUGCCAGCGGCGCGGCAGCAGGCCUGAACGCCCGCCCGGGAGUAUCCCCCCUUAGCAGCGGCAUCGGCAGGGGCGGAGCAGGAGGAGGAGGAGCGGGAGGAGCGGCGGCGGCAGCGGCCGCAGCAAGGAGGCUGUCGGUGGGCAGCGCGGACCACCGGACUCAUACCGACCGGACUCAUACGGCAGCGAGCAGCGUGGCAGGGAGUGGUGUGGCCGAUCUGGAUGACUUGGCGGGCGCGGAGGAGAGGGGGGAUGCGCUGGCGGUGCAGUUCCAGAAGUGGACGACGAGUCUGAGGAGCCCCAGCCCCAAGCCUGGUGCUGCUGCAGAGCGGCCCCCGUGGGGCGGACCCAGGGGAGGGAGACCUGCUGCGAAUAAUGGGCCGAGGAACGUGCAGGUGCCACAGCGCAAGGCAGGAAGCUGUCUGCACCGACCGCCUCGUCCCGCAUACUGUGAAGAGAAGGGAAACCGUUGGACAGUUACCGGUAGCAGAGAAGAGGGUGCAUGA